AUGUCGAACGCUAUGGAGAAUGUGAAUGCUGGAGGAACGGGUGGCAGCCAAAAUAAUCGCACUCCUGGGACACCGCCGUUCAUGUUUUCGACCCUGCCCAUUAACUUCCAGCCACGAGCCCAACCGUCACAGAGCGCACGCAGCACUGUAAGUGCCACCAUCAUUGCUGACCUUCAGGAGCAGUUCCAGGAGUGGGAUAAGGCGUUAGAGCAGAUGCGACAGGAGAUGCAUGUCGCUGGUCUAUUGCCACCUGAGGGCGAGAACGAGGGUGGAGAUCAAUCAUUUGAUAACGAAGCACAUAGUCGUUCCGUGCCAAGGCAGGAGGUCGUUGGAGCUGUCAGAGGCCGAGGAAGUUCAUUCAGAACCUUCAUUAACUGUAAGCUGCCUACCUUUGAGGGAGGCGAGAGUGUUGUGGCAUGCCUUCGUUGGAUUAGGAAGAUGGACCAAACCUUCCAAUCUGGUGAAUUUACUGAGGACCAGAAUAUGAAUUAUGCGGUGCUAACAUUCGACAAGGAAGCACUCGAGUGGUGGGACACUAUUGAUGUACGACUCACUAAGGUCACUCGGAGGGCUAUGACUUGGGAAAUUCUUAGUAAGAAGGUGAAAGAUCAUUUCUGCAGUGAUGGUAGCGUACAACAGACGCAACAGGAGUUUUUGAAUCUUUAG